ACGCUUGACUGCCACACAAGCCUGACAUUCUUCUGACUUCGUUACAGUAACUCGGUCGUUUUCCAAGAGAGUUCCAGCAAUGAGUCCAUGCAGACAUGUGUUCAAGGCAGCGGCUUUCCUGCUACUGUUCAUUUGUCUUCUUCAGACUGCCCUCUCUCGGUCGGUGACUUCAUCCUACUUUCCGCCGGACAUCAGAGAUGAUGCGACUGCCAUUAGAAAACUCCUACGAUUGUUUGGAAUGGAACAACCAGGUCGUCGCGAGCGGCAUGCUGCCCCCCCGCAGUUCAUGCUUGACCUGUACGAUGCCAUAGCGGACAGUAGAGGAAUAACAAAAUCACCAAACCCAUAUCAUGCCAAUAUAGUCCGCAGUUUCCCUAAUAAAGAUUUGGAACAUCCUAUGCGUUUUCACUUCAACAUGACGCCAAAUGUACCCGAAAAAGAACGGAUACUGGAAGCUGAAUUGCACUUGUAUAAAAUAAAACCGAAGCCUAGAAUGGAAAAUCGACAUUCAGAUUCACGAUCUCACUUGCUUGAGGUGCGAUUGUAUCAAGUAAUGCUUCCUGAAACAGCCAAUAAGGAAGAAGGAAACAAACUACUGGCCACGCGUCGGAUUAGUGUCCACUCUGUAGGCUGGGAAGUAUUCUACGUGAAACCAACAGUUCUGGACUGGCUACGUGGAGGAAGUCAAAAUCUGGGAUUCCUCAUAUCUGCUCGAACAAUGACCGGUGAAGUAGUGAGAAACGGAGUCUUGCGAUUUGCUAAACGUCAUCAGCAUCACGUGAACAAACAGCCUCUCUUAGUGCUCUUCAAUGAGGACGGUAGGCCUAGGAAGGGCCCAAAGUUUCCAAGUUUUAAUUUCCGUAGCUAUGGAUAUCCUGAACUGGCUCGAGUACAACUUGGAAUCUCCAACAGAGAAAAUUGGAAUCUGAAUAUAGAAGAUGGAGAAGAGGACGAUAUGAGCUCGAGCCUGGCAAGAGCUGAGAGGUCUGUCGAUGACGAGAACGUGGAAAGAGAAGAAGACGAAUUGAUUACACAAGCAGAAGCACCUGAAGCAUCUUCGUCGUCUUUAUCCAACGAUUGUACACGUAACGAAAUGUACGUCGAUUUUGAGAAGAUUGGAUGGUCUAGAUGGAUAAUAUCUCCUAAAGGAUACCAUGCCUAUUACUGCAGAGGAGAAUGUUCUUUUCCUCUUGGUCAAAAUCAAUACCCAACCAACCAUGCUACUGUCCAGAGCAUUGUCCAGGUGCUCACCCCUGGGGUCGGAGAUCCUUGCUGCGUUCCAAACAAAUUACGCCCAGUCAGUGUGCUAUACUUUGACGAACAUCAAAAUGUAAUUCUUAAGCAAUACGAUAACAUGGUGGCCGAGAGCUGUGGCUGUCAGUGAUGGCAUAUAUUAUCUUUUUUGCCACAGUUCUUGUUAGACCGCUAAUCUAGGCAGCUUGCCAAAUUACGUAUACUUCCAGUGACAUAUGUUUGUUCGCCAAGAACUCCACCUGGUGGCUGAUAGAACGGACUAAAACAGCGGCCUGCAUUUGCUCGCCUUUAAUAUGGUGCUUUAUCGAUUUGGCGAGAUAAAGGGAUCGUACCGAUAGCAUUCAGUGGAGCUUCUGACUGAGAUGUCCUUUGUGUAACAAACAGUGGUUUCAGUCUAAAAAAACUGAGUAUUUGUUAGCAUUGGGUUUGGGGUUUUCUCUUGCCAAUUGUUUGGUUGAUUAUUUGUUUCAAAAUAUUGUUUUAACAAAAUGGUAUCAUAAUCCCUGUAAUGUUUCUAUACAUCCUGACACCGAACUCAAUAUUCGUAUCUAAAAGUAAUGAUUAUUUGUAAAUCAUGGCGUUAUCGCGUCCUAAUAUAACAUACCCUACUCUAACAAUUUAAUCUUACGUUAUUGUUAAAAUAUAUUCUUUAAUUUAUUAUCGUUAUCUUAAACCGAUUAAGACAACGCUUCUUGUUAUAAAGUAAGAUUUAAAAAAAACAUUAUGGAUACGUAAACCUACAAAAUAAAGAUUAUAUC